AUGGCGCCAAACCCACCCUCUUCGACCGGCGCAAAGCCAUCAACCUCGAAUACAGCCCAAGCAAGCGACGCUUCGCAACCAUACAAGGAUGACCCUGUCCCUUCCUAUGAGACUGCCAUUCGAGAAGGUGCUGGUGGCGGUAUUGGCGCCGGACCUUCUUCCUCGUCUUCCUCGGCAGCCCCUUCUGCUCAACCACCUCGAUCCGUUCACCCUUCCUAUGGCUGCUCACCCUACACAUCGCAUGGUACAGCUCGAAUUGUGAUCGUCCCCGCUCCUCACUUCCACCAUCCUCACAUUCACACUGGACACACAGCUAACGAGCCUCUCUUGCCCUUGCCUGCCUCGAUGGAACCAGAGCGAAGAGUGCCAAGAGCAAAGCCUCGCUUCUUCCUCGCUUUGCUAAAUGCUCUUCUCAUCUACAUUCUUAUCAAUCUUCUCGUCGACCUCACCGUCACCCGCAAUUGGUGA